GAAGUGAGUGAGUCACACUGUAUAUUCUAUUCUUAACCUAUCCUUCUCGCUUCUGUCUUUCUCCAAAAAUGGAUCUCCUCCUCCUCCAUUUCUGUUUCUUUCCCUAGAAAAUUCAGCAAACCCUAGACAGAGAGAGAGAGAGAGAGAUUGAGGAAAGAAAAAAAAACAGUUGAUUAGAAUCAGUAGAAAACCUAAACCAUCUAAAUCUCUCUUUAAUCGCAACAUUAUAUCCUUUUGUUGCGAUUCCAAUCAAGGAUGAUCUCGAAUCCAAGUCUGUUAUCCUACACUUGCAUCGCGAAAGGAACCGUCGUCCUCGCAGAGUUCGCGUCGUCAAAGGAAGAGCCAGGAAUCGAAGAAGUAGCUUUGCGGUGCAUCGAGAACACGCCUCCGCACCAUUCAAUCUUCUCACACACAGUUCGCAAGAAGACCUACACGUUCUCAAUCGAUGACGAAUCAUCGUUCGUGUAUUUCGCGAUCGUCGACGAAGCUAUGGAGAAGCACGAAUCCUUGGUGGUGUUGAACCGGUUGAGAUCAGCAGUUGAAGAUCUGGUCAGAGGAGGAGAGACGUUGACCGAUCCUUCUCCUCGUUGUCUCCAAUCAAAGAUGGAUCCAGUUUUCGCGGAGAUCGUUGGUGGUGUGGAUUUGGAGUUGUUAGACAUGAUGGAUUUGGUUGGAUCUCCGAGGGAGAGUCGUAACCCUAGUAUCGAUUCGUCUAAAGGGAGGAGAGCGUCGUUGAUGCCGCUUUUGGGGAAGCAAUUAAAGGCGCUGAAGAAGAAGAAUAAGAGAUCGCAUACGGAAGAUGAAGGAGACGUUGGGACUAUGAAGGAGAAGAAGGUGGAUUUAUGUGGGAAUGGGAACGGUGGAGUGUCACGCAAGGAACUGAGGAAUGGUUUGUUAACAACAGAUCAUCAUCAUCACAGGCAAAAGGCGAAACAGACGUGGAAGAAACAUGUGUGGGUGGUGUUGUUGUUCGAUUUCUGCAUCUGUGCUGUUCUCUUCGGAAUCUGGCUUUGGGUUUGUCAAGGGUUUCAAUGCGUCAAUGGGUAAAGUAAUCAAAUCAGUUUCUGUGUGUACAUCUAUCUUCAAAUUCAUAUUGUUCUCAAGCUGCAUCAGCAUUUGAUCAUAUAUCAGUUCCUUUUUUUUUUCUCGUGAGCCUGAGUGCACAUGGGUAUUUGUUUUCUAGAUCAAAAAGUCUGAUCCUUCCUCUCCUUUGUUAUUUUUAAGAUCACAAGAAAGUGUUGUUUCCAGGAUGAAACUACUAAGUUGAAUCCUGGCUUUACAUGUUAGUGAUAUAUGUUCAUUGUACUUUGAAAGUUAUAUCAUUCACAAGCAACAUGUGGGGUUGUACUGUUUAUCUC